AUGUGCGGAAAACAAUGGAAGGGUACUGACAAACGAAAGCUGCUGAGUGGCAAGCUUCAAACACUAAUUGCGAACGCGCGCAAUUAUAAAGUUGCGACCACGCAAACCGUUUUAUCAGGCGACACGAAGCAGUAUGGCUACGGCACUUCCAAUACAUCCGCUCCAAUCCUUGAACUUUUGCAACGAGAAGAUCCUCAGUUAAUCAAUCGCAUUUCGGACUUGAUUCAGCAAAAAUUGAAAAUUCAAAAAAUUAACGACAGUGAGCUGGAACUAUUACGCACUGAGAAGCACAAAGCCCAUGAAAGGAAGAUCUUGAACGAGCGACUGGAUGACUCCGAAAGGGAAACACGGAAACUGAAAGUGGACAGUGUCCGAAUCCAAGCAGAAAAUCGCGUACUUGCUGACGAAAACAAAAUUCUGAAGGAGUCUCUGGCUGAAAAGCGGGCUACCGAUGAGCAAUUACGGCAUGAAAGGAAGAUCUUGAACGAGCGACUGGAUGACUCCGAAAGGGCAACACGGAAACUGAAAGUGGACAGUGUCCGAAUUCAAGCAGAAAAUCGCGUACUUGCUGACGAAAACAAAAUUCUGAAAGAGUCUCUGGCUGAAAAGCGGGCUACCGAUGAGCAAUUACGGAAAAGUGUGAACAUUAUCAGUGAACUCAGAAACAAAUUGAAGAAAGCGAACGAAGUGAAGGAGCUGAUUUUGCACGAAUUCCGCCACUUGGAAAAGGAGAGGGACCAGUUGCUUGAUGCAAUCAACGAUGGAAUACACGAGGUGGAAACAAUGAACCGUAUGGGAAGCCGGAAACUCACCGCGGAAAUAGCAAGAAUUGAAAGCCACAUACCGCUGCAUACACCGGAAAAGGACUAA